AAAAGGAAAAAACGAUACUCAUGGGCUUCUAUUUUGUCAACAUUAGUUAUGUACUAGAGUUGUCUUCUUAGCAUUUAUUUAUUUUUUUGAAAAGCAUCUUCUUAGCAUUUAUUAAUUGCAAGUCAGAACAAAUAGUCAAGUAUUAGCAAGUGAGAGAGCAGAAACAAGUUCGAUACUGAAGUGAACUGAACUCUCUCUGUAGGGUAAAAAGAAAUGAGGAGUCUGUAUUCCUUGCAAAUGAUAGUUAUGAUAAAUUUGGCAGUGGCAGUGCUUUGCGCUGAUAAAUAUAGCAGAUCCGACUUUCCGCCUGGAUUUGUCUUUGGUUCUGCUACCUCUGCUUAUCAGGUGGAGGGAGCAGCAAGUGAAGAUGGGAGGGCUCCUAGCAUUUGGGAUACUUUUGCUCACGCUGGGUAUGCAAAUGGAGCCACUGGAGACAUAACGGUUGAUCAAUACCAUAAAUACCAGGAGGAUGUGCACCUUAUGGCAGCAAUGGGCUUAGAUGCCUACAGAUUUUCCAUCUCAUGGUCAAGACUAAUCCCAAAUGGAAGGGGGCCUGUCAAUCCAAAGGGCCUAAACUAUUACAACAAUCUCAUUAACGAAUUAAUCAGCCAUGGAAUACAACCUCAUGUUACUUUACACAAUUUUGAUCUUCCACAGGCACUUGAAGAUGAAUAUGGAGGAUGGAUUAACCGAAGGAUUGUGAAUGAUUUCACCACUUAUGCUGAAGUAUGCUUCCAAGAAUUUGGAGACAGGGUUCCAUAUUGGACUACUGUGAAUGAGCCCGAUGUAUUUGCAGUUGGAGGUUAUGAUGGAGGGAUUACUCCUCCUAGGCACUGCUCUCCUCCAUUUGGAGUAAACUGCACAAGAGGAAACUCCUCAUCCGAGCCCUACAUAGCCGUUCAUAAUAUCUUGUUGGCUCAUGCAUCAGCUGCAAGAUUGUACAAGAAAAAGUAUCAAGGAAAGCAGCAUGGGUUCAUAGGUAUUAGCAUCUAUACAACUGGCAAUUUUCCUCUAACAAAUUCAGUAGAGGAUGCCAUUGCAACUCAAAGAGCCAAUGACUUCUUUGUUGGUUGGAUUGUAAACCCCUUGGUGUUUGGAGAUUAUCCUCACACGAUGAAGAAAAUUGCAGGCUCCAGAAUUCCUACAUUUACCAAUCAUGAAUCUGAACUGGUUAGGGGUUCUUUUGAUUUCUUAGGGGUGAUUCAUUACAGCUCAUAUUAUGUGGAAGAUGACCCUGGAAGUUGGGAAUUGAAGCAAAGAGACUAUAACACAGAUUUAGCUGUAAAGAUAUCCAAUGUAGGGAAUGCUUCAUUGACUUACGAGUUGCCCAUACUGCCUUGGGGCUUGCAAGCAGUGCUGGAGUAUUUCAAGCAAGUUUAUGAAAAUCCCCCUAUUUACAUUCUUGAAAAUGGUCAGAGAAACAGGCGCAAUUCAACAAUGGAAGACACCUCGAGGGUAAACUAUUUGCAUGCCUACAUUGGAAGUGUACUUGAUGCUGUGAGGAAUGGAUCAAAUACAAGAGGGUACUUUGCAUGGUCCUUCCUGGAUGUAUUUGAGUUGCUGGAUGGCUAUGAAUCAGGCUACGGCUUCUACUACGUAGAUUUGGACGACCCCGAUUUGAAAAGAUACCCUAAGCUUUCUGCGCAUUGGUAUUCCCAUUUUCUCAAGGGAGGAAGCAUCAGUUCAGAUGUACUAAUCAAGCUCAAGCAAAACUUCUUUGCUCUUUCGCAGGGCCAUUUCUCCCAGUAGGCUCAUCUCUGUAUAAUUGUUGUAAUCUAGCAAAUUUGUUUGCAGACGAGAGACUCGCUUAAGUCUUAUAUUUGCGCCAGCCUUUGUCUUC